AUAAAUAUGGAAUUUACACACCGACUCCAAAACCAUUAGUCCUCGUAUAUCUCUUUAUAUUUAACUCUCUCUCUCUCUCUCUCUCUCUCUCUCUCUCUUCUUGUAGUUAUCUCUCUGACUCUCUUGGUUUUAGGUUUUGGAUUGUGUUUCUUGAUAAUUGAUAUAUACAGAUAAUAUUCUGUGUAGCUCCUGAAUUGCUUCAAGAACGAAGAUGGUGGAUCUUGAAACUGUUUGCUGCAUGUGUGGUGACGUGGGUUUUCCUGACAAGCUCUUCCGCUGCAACAAAUGCCGCAAUCGCUUUCAACACUCGUAUUGUAGCAAUUAUUAUAGCGAAUAUGCGGAGCCAACUGAACUGUGUGAUUGGUGCUUAAGUGAUCAAGAAAGGAGCACAACAAGGCACGGUAGCUCUUCCAAGAAAUCGAGUAUGGCGGCCGCAGAAGGAGUCGAGACUGGAGGUGUCUCGAGCCGGUCAGAAUACUCUGGGGAUCACAAGAUUAAGCAACACGAUCAUAAUCAAGAGAGUGGUAGCGGCGAGAAGGUUAACACCAAGAACCACCCUAGCAGUGGCGUGCCGUCACCAAGAACCGCUACGCGCAGGUACAAGCUUCUCAAGGAUGUCAUGUGUUAAGAAUAUUAAUUUAGAGAGUAUGAGCGAUACCAAAAAUGUUAAGCCUUAACGAUCAGCAGCCUCAUAAAAAUAAAAGGGCUUUAAGUGUUUAUAGAAGCAAUUAUGUAAAUUAUAUCAUAUUUAGUACUUGCUUUCAAUCUAGAGUGUUAAUUGUUUUUUGGGUUCCUUUGUGUGUUCUUAAUUUGUGUUUUCAGAAAUUAAGUUGUUAAAAUAAUAAGGCAAGCUUGUUUUCCAAUGACUUUAGGCCUCUCUCUAUAAAUCGCUGUAUUUUGGUCCA